AUGUCGGAGCCCAAACGCCCGUCGCCCACUAGCGACGGUGCUCCAGCUAAGAAAUCAAGCAAGAAAAACUCAAGACAUUCAGUCGCUGCUCCAGCAUCUCAACCUCUAUCUCAAGCCCCAGUAGCAACAUCAGCCCCUCCUGCUGGUGCAGUACCCACCGUCCCUCGAAUCCCUUUAGCCGAGCCGAAACCAGACGUUGAUACCAAACGUAAGUCGUCCAAGAAACGAACAUCGUCAACGUCACGCGGUGGUGAAGAGUCCACUCCUCCCGGUCCAUCGGUUCCUUCCGGUCCUGAUGCACAUUCAGCAGUGGACGCCGCUGCAGCCAAGCAAAAGGAAGACGCUGAACGUGAGAAGCAGAUACGAAGGGAAGCCAAGAGGCAACGCGCUAAGGAGAUCGAAGACGCCAAACGUCGAGAAGAACUGGAGAAACAGGCACUCGAGGAAGCUCAGCGGUUAGAGGAGCAAAGACAGCGUGAAGCUCGUCAGAAACAACAGAUCGAGGCGUUAAACGCUAAUGCAGAGGAAUGUCAAGAAGAAGCGGAUGACUAUGACGACGACGGCUUUGAGAACUACGACGAGGACUUCGAAGACGAACCGAGUCAACCAAAGUCGACCCCGUUACCAGCAGUAGGGGUUAAGGCGAGUAAGAGUCGAGGAAUCCCGAACGCAGAUGAAGCGGAACUACGUAGAAUCCAACAAGCCAUGCAAGCCGAGACCAGAGGUCUGCAAUCAGCUUCUUCAAGUCUAUCGAGACCAGGCAGUAAAGCUAGUAGUCGUAGUGAAGAGAGGCCGGAUACCAGGCCGGUGACGUCUAUUUCCUCGUCGAUUGCUGGCUUGAAACAGUCGCUGGAUCCUCGUGCGAAGCGUGUGAGGGAGAUACUGGAGAGGCGUAAGUUUGAAGUGGAGAAGUUCUCUUUGUUCCAGUUGAAUCCAGUGAGUGAACAAGACAAAGUACUGAAUCGUCUAAGGAGAGGACUAGUCAGGCAAGCAUUCGUUCAAACGAGUGACGGGGCGAGAACUUUAGCGAUACAGACCAAACCACCUGAAACACACGAUAAGAGUAUGCACUUUCCUGAUGAUAUCGGUAUUGAUACGGAGAGUUCAACUGGAGAAAAUGAAGACGGGGGGUCGUCUACUUCGCGGUUUUUCAAGUUCUUGGAACAUGCUGCGUAUGUCUGUGAGACUUUGGCAGUGGAGAAUGUGAUGGCGUCGGAAAAAGAGAACCAAGAAGAGAAUUUAAAGAGCAAAGAAGACAAGAGUAUGUGUCAUCAACUUACGAAUACUACAAAGUUAGAUAAGAAACUAGUAUUCCCAAGCAAGAACAGCGACUUGAUGGAGUCCCUUGAACGAAAUCUACAUGGUCGAGACUUGAUAGCUCUUCGGUUCUCGCCGGCUGUAUCCAGUACGCUCCUAUCGUGUUACGGACCUGCGCAUAGAGUCAAUGAAGCUCAAGUGUUCCGGGACAAGACUAUUUCUUGUGUUUGGGACGUAAAUCUACCCAAUCGACCCCUCCAUAUACUGAAGAGUGAAGGUGUGGCGUCCACCGCUUGUUUCAGUCCCUCGCGAGACCUGUUUGUGGUAGUUGGGACGGAAGAUGGUACUAUUCACGUUUGGGAUCUCCGACCGCAAUCUCUGAUACAGUCCACGAGCCUAAUAGAUGGUCAAGCAGUUUGUACGCCGGCGUAUUCAACGUGUGGUAUGAAUUACCGUGCACCGGAGCAACACACGUCGACUAUCGUGGCGUUAGAGGCGAUUGAUCGAGGUAAUGACAGCUCGGACACUGGAGGAACGUUCCAGUUUGGCUCCAUGGAUGACCGCGGAGUUUUAAUCAUCUGGAGCCUGAUAGAGUUUGAUUCCAAGGACGAAGCACUGGUUACGGAUAAGUGCGUACAGAUCGGAGGCAACGUGAAAAUGGUCAUGAAUACGCGCAUAGAUAUCCAGCAAUAUCUGACACCACACGUGGCUCCGAAGCCUUUACAACGCAGAGGAUCAAAGACAAGUGUUGCACCGCUUUCUUCCACUCCGUUGACCGCUCAAGUUGGCCCUGUGGCUGCUGCAUUGAAGUACUUUCCUCAAGACCCUAACCAGUUCAUCGUUGGAACGCGUACAGGUCAACUGGUACGAGGCAAUCGCUUUGAUAAAGCGUCUUCUAGAAUGCAGUAUCAACGGGAACAAGACCUGAAGGCAAUAGAUGCAUCGUCUGGAGUCGUCUGUAUCGACUUUCAUCCGUUUGAGUCGCACUAUUUCCUGGUGGGCUAUGAAGACGGCAGCAUUUGCUUGUAUCAUUCUGAUGUGUCCUUAUGCCUCACUUCGUGGGAAGAGGUGCCAUUUGGCGUAAGCGUCUGUGGUGUGGCAUGGUCGACAUCACGUCCUGGCAUAUUUUAUGCAUCGUUCUCCACUGGCACUGUGUUUGUCUGGGAUUUAUUAGAGUGCACAAGUGUAAGUUCCAUAUUGAAGGUGCUUUACAUUGCAGAUAAUGGCCUCAUAUCUCUAUUCUUUUAGGAACCGACGCUAACGCACGAGUUGGAUACGCUAAAGGAGAUAUCCCCAGUUGAAUUGGCCUCGUCCCUGUAUCCGUUAGUCGUCUCAUCGGAGAAGAUGCGAACUUCGCGUCCAGCUAUUGCGUGGCGCAUUGACCCCAGUAUUUCGCCGUUCCAGUUCUCAAUCUACGAAUUGGGCCCGGAGUUUACAACUCGAGCACCAACAGAACAACAAACUGUUUCAAAGGUAUUAUCAUGCAUCCUUUGAGAAGGGAAGGUAAAUGUUGGAUCAGCUCAGCGGGCUCUAUAGUUUCAAGUAAACAAAAUAGAGACCCUAUUUGCCACUCGAAGCUAAAUGCUUGAAUAAUGAAAAAUAAGAAUCAGUAGAAAGGAGAUAGUAGGCUGACCGUGAUGUUUAUUUUGGUGUGUUGAAAUCGAGAUUAUCGUGUUGCGGAG